UCUUUAACUCAGCACAAAACCUGCUGCAAAUGACAUAAUCGGAAUCGAUUUGGGAACAACAAACUCAUGUGUGGCUGUUAUGGAGGGAAAGAAUCCUAAAGUCAUCGAGAACUCGGAAGGGUCGAGGACUACUCCCUCAGUGGUCGCCUUUACGCCAAAGGGAGAGCUGCUAGUAGGAACUCCAGCUAAACGCCAAGCGGUCACCAACCCCGCAAAUACAUUUUUCGGGACCAAAAGGUUAAUCGGGCGCCGUUUUGAUGAUCCCUUAGUUCAAAAGGAGAUGAAGAUGGUACCUUACAAAAUUGUGAAGGCCCCAAAUGGAGAUGCGUGGGUCGAAACAACGGAUGGGAAGCAGUUCUCCCCAAGCCAGGUCGGUGCAUUCGUUCUGACGAAGAUGAAAGAAACUGCGGACUCCUAUCUCGGAAAAUCNACGAGUUAA